AACGAGCCGGUGUCAAAAGCUGCAAAGAUGCCGUCUGUGUUGGAUCAGAUCAAGGAUCACACUGUUGUUGUGGCUGACACGGGCGAUUUUGAAGCAAUGAAGAAGUACGAACCUACAGAUGACACUACCAAUCCUUCCUUGAUCCUGGCUGCUGCACAGAUGGAGCAGUAUCAACACCUCAUAGAUGAUGCAGUUCAGUAUGCAAAAGCAAAGGAGGGGUCUUUUGAUGAUCAGUUGGACUGGACCAUGGACAGAUUGUUUGUUAAUUUUGGAUCAGAAAUCCUGAAGAUAAUUCCUGGAAGAGUUUCCACAGAAAUUGAUGCAAGAUUGUCUUUUGACAAGGAGGCUUCCAUCUCAAAAGCGAGAAGAAUCAUUGAUUUAUACAAAGAGAAAGGGAUUGAUAAAGAAAGGAUUCUUAUCAAACUUCCAACCACCUGGGAGGGUAUUGAGGCAGCCAGAACCCUUGAACAGGAAUAUGGAAUUCACUGCAACUUGACUCUAUUGUUUUCAUUUGCACAGGCUGUUGCAUGUGCAGAGGCUGGCGUGACACUCAUUUCACCUUACGUGGGCAGAAUCUUUGACUGGUAUGUAGAAAACACAGACAGAAAGAAGUUUCAGCCAUUGGAAGAUCCAGGUGUUCAAAGUGUCACCAGGAUCUACAAUUACUACAAAAAGUUUGGAUACCAGACUGUCGUCAUGGGAGCCUCUUUCAGAAAUACAGAACAGAUAACAGCACUUGCUGGAUGUGACCUCCUCACUAUCAGCCCAUCACUUUUAGAAAAGCUUUCCAGCAGCAAUGAGAAAGUGACUGUGUACCUUUCUGAGAAACAAGCAAAACAGUGUGAACUGACAAAGAUCAACAUGGAUGAAAAGACAUUUAGGUGGAUGCUAAAUGAAGAUGAAGUCGCAACAGACAAAUUGGCUGAGGGAAUAAGAAAUUUUGCUGUGGAUGCAGUUAAACUGGAAAAUGUGGUGAAGGAGAGGCUCUUGAAGGCUUAAAAGACUGG